GCCAUCAGAGGUAGAGCCAGCAAUCGCGUGGCUUGUCAUUCCGACGACAGUGACCAGGACACGGUAUUGCGACACACCGGCCGGUACACCGUCUCUGUGAGACGCGAACACAUAACGAGGAUAUGUGUAGAGGUGGACUAUACAGUUGCUGUACCCUUUAACUGGAUAGUGGACGCUCUAAUGACGGGAUUGUAAUGUGUGCUGUUUUGCAGUAGCAGUGAAAACAAGUAAAGUUGACGAGGGUAUCCGGAAAUCAUUGAUCUACAGUGACCAUGGAACACUUGGUAGGAAGGUACAACUUCAUGACGGCGGGUCAUGACCAGCGAGCAGACUUCCGCGCUGAUCAGAGAAACAACUCCGACAAGUACGAGGCGGUAGUGAACGAGGCGGACCUGCUAGCGGCGUUCAAGGUGCUGAGGAAGGGGGUGUGCCGACCGGACUUUCCCGGGGAAAGUUCUGAUCAGUGUUAUUUCGCUAAAGACGUCCUGGAAAGUUUGAUGACUUGGUCAGAGGAUUUGAAGGAUGAUGGAAAGAUCGCAUCCUUGUCCCGCAUCCACGACUUCUGCUUCGACUUCCUCCACGACCUGAUCCAGCAGGGGCCGGGGACGACGCACAUGGAACUGUGGCAGAAGAUGCUUGGCAACAGUGGCUUUGGGUUUAAAGAAUAUUAUCAUGAUCUCAGAGGUGAUAAACUGACAAGUCACUUACGUUUCCUGAUGAGGGACUUCAAGACUCGGGAACCUGGGCCUGACCGAGAAAGGUUCGGGAUCACGUUUAGUUCAGCCAUCAAUUACAUCAUUGAUGGAAACUCCUUCAGAGAGGAAGCUUACAUGGAGGCCCAGACAGAGUUUAUAGAGUUGUACAUUUACCAUGAGCUAUCUUUCCUGACUCGUUCUAAGGAAGUCCAAGAAAUCCAUCACUGCAUACCUCGCAGCAUAAGUUAUAUUUACGAAAGGAACAUCUUCAAGGACAUAGUUGACCCGGAGAAGUACAAAGGAUUUCUGAAACGUCUUGAGGACAUCAUCUGCCAAUUGAACCUCGCCACGGAAAACUCGGAGGAGGUGCUCAAUAAGGUCAUUGACAUACUCAAGAUGUUGCUGUGGUCCAUUAAAAAGACGUUCGUGUUUCACAAACUUCACGCUGAAAUCAUGGACUUUGUGAGUGUGAUUUGCAACAAGAAGGCUGGGAGCCGUAUCCACCCUAUUGUAAAAGCCGUUGGAUAUUUCUUGUAUAAUAUACAGGAGGAGAAGAGCAAUCCUAUAAUAACGGGCAACUCUGAGCUGUUCACUGUGAUGACGCGGAAUCUGACGGACCUGCUGAACAACAUGGAGGACCACACACUGAUGAGGGUCAAAUUUGCUGAUGCAGCGGUACAUGAAGUCCUUGUGAAAGCCAUGAACAAAACUCCUGAACACCGUCGGCAGAUGAUAGACCUGAUAAAGGCAUGCCUUAGGAUCAACCAGCCCAUGACAGCCAAGGCGGCAUAUCACUGCGUCAGGGAAACAGAGAAGUUCCUGAAAUGGAAGGACCAUGUGGAAGACGCAAAGGAGAUUCUGGACAUCUUGAUGCCAGUCCGAGUGUUUGGAGAGGAGGAGAAGGAGAGGAAGGAUUUCGCUGAGUACUACAAAGACGUUUGCAGUUACUUAGCCGAUCAGUUGAAGAGAGAUCGUGUUAUUCCCCAGAUGGUUGACAAAAUGGUGGAAUUUAGUCUGAAAUUUAUGGAGAAGAGAGAAGGACUCCUGUUUGAAGCUGGGAGUGAAAUAGCAGAUGAAAUCGAGUUCAACGGAAGGAAAAACAAGGACCUGAUUAUGUCGACGUUUUCCAAGCUCUUGCCGUACUUGAAGGAUCCAAACUUCCCCUGGAACGCCGAUAGGUUCCGGUACUCAGGCAGGAUGGUUGUGAAGCUGGCGUCGGGCGCCAUUGGAGCUUUAGAACCCAAAACCAUUACUGAAAGGGAUCUAGGUGCCAUUGCCUACUUCGUGAAAACUGUGAUGCAGGGAGACUUCAUUGAUGAGGAAGCUAACAAACCAACUACAGUGUAUUUCCGGCUGUACUGUUCAGUCGGGACAAAGUUCCUCCAGCUUCUGGACGACCAGGAGAAGGUGCAGCGAGCCAUCCUGGUAGUGAGGGAGAUUGUCAACUUGAUGACUCAUGAAUUUAACGAAGUGUCUGACAUAGCCACGACCCAGGUGACCGUUGUUGUUGCGAAUGGGGCCAAGGUCAUGGUACCUUUCUUUCCCAAGCUGAUGGAAAUCUACAUGGACACAGAGAACUCGGCAUUAUUGUAUCCGCUGAGUCAGAUCUAUCCACAUUACCCCAAACUUCAAGAUCAACAAUUCCAAACACUGUUCGAGCUGAUCGACACCCCACAACGAUCGUCAGUGUUGCACUGGUUUGUAGAGGUAGCCAAGAAACAACCUAACUUGUUCACGGGCGACAAUAUUGCUAAGGUGAUUGAGGAGAUGUUCCAAGGCGAUGAAAGAAUGCAGGCAACAUACAUGAUGAUCUUGGAAGCACUCUCCAAGAAGGUUCCACGCAUCCUCAUCCCCCAUCUGAAGGCCUUGAAGGAUGGCGAUGUUAACUCACAGUAUGGUGCCAAGUAUCAACUCUUCCUGGUUCUCAAGAACGUAGCGAUUAGGAGUGAAGAUGAGGCUGUGGCAGAAGAUUGUAUGAUAUACCUGGAGAAGCUCCUUCGGGGUCCUGAAGAUGACAUGGUGACUACCACCUGCCUGAAUGAGAUGCGGGCUAUAGGCGGCGUAUACCGACCACUGUUAGAACGUCGUAAACCAGCCAUAGAGGACUUGAGGAAACGGACUACGUCACAGACAACAAAGGACCAGUGUACCUUCAUCUUGGAUGUCCUGGAAGGCAGAAGCCUGGAGUCCUUGGCUGAGGACAUCAAAGAUGUGAAGGAAGAUGUUGAGGAACUGGACACACGAGUGACCAGGACUGAGGUGGGCCUGGUCCUGCUUAACCAAGAGGUGGGUGAACAGCGCGAGGAGCUGGGGGUCAAAGUAGAUGUGAAGACUCAAGGCGAGAAGAUUGGCCAGCUUGAGGAGACAGUGGAUGACACCAAGGCUAAAGUGGAGGAACUCGACGGAAAGACAUUGAGUCACGCUCCUUUUUGGGCAAGAGACGUGGCCAAACUCCUCAACCCCGAAGACCUUCUAGACUGGACACUUCUCUCUAUGCGUCUAGGCUACACCAAUGAUGACAUCAGGAGCUGGGCUCAGAUGCACGACCCAUGUAUGGCCAUGCUGAAUGAAUGGUACGCCACUCGGAAGACGAGGGAAGCCACAUAUGCGGUGCUGACAGCACUGCAAGAGAUGGACAGAUUGGACGCUGCUGUCAUUGUGGAGAACGCAAUGAAGAUGACAGAGGCUGUAGUGGAGGACGAAGAGUUCGAGUACCCGGAGCCUCCAGAGGUGUUCAUCAGCUACCAGUGGGGAAUCCAGAACGAGGUGAAGCUUCUGAAGCAGCACCUGGAGAAGGCGGGCUUCACGUGCUGGAUGGACAUUGGUCAGAUGGGAGGUGGAGACAAGCUGUUCGAGAAGAUCGACAAGGGAAUCAGGGCAGCCAAGCUCGUCAUCUGUUGUGUCACUGGGAAGUAUGCCAAAUCUCCAAACUGCAAUCGAGAGGUGAACCUCUCGGUAAGCCUGGGUAAGCCCAUCAUCCCUCUGUUGAUGGAGAAACUGUCAUGGCCUCCACCAGGCUCAAUGGGGCCAAUCUUCAGUGAGUAUCUGUUCAUCCGAUUCUUCACCCGUCUGGGGGAGGAGACUGGUGAUAUCAGGUACUGGUCGGCAGCCAAGUUCCAGGAACUCCUGAUGCAGGUCAACUACAACAACGUCAAGCCGGAUGAGCAGAAGGUGGAAAAAGAAUACAAGAACUGGUGGUGUCCUAUGGCUGAAGUCAUCAAGAUAGAGAAGAAGGACGUGAAGACGAUGACGGCCGCCAGUCAACAGAAGCAGGAGGAGGUGGAGUCUGGAUCAGCGUCUCCUGAUGUGUUCAUCUCCUACCAGUGGGGAAAACAGAAGCAGAUUCAGCUCAUGUACAAGCGCCUGACUGAGAUGGGCUUCACCGUCUGGAUGGACAUCUACCAAAUGGGAGGUGGGGACUCCCUCUUUGACAAAAUUGACAAGGGUGUGCGAGGGGCAAAGGUCGUUCUUUCAUGUGUCACCACGAAGUAUUCUCUGUCGGCCAACUGCCGGAGGGAAGUCAGUCUUGCUGAUGCCCUCAAGAAACCAAUAGUUCCUCUGUUGCUGGAGAAGAUGACGUGGCCACCAUCAGGUCCAAUGAGCAUGGUGUUCACUCAGCUGUUGUAUAUCAACUUUGGGAAGGAUGAAACUGUACAGGAAAGAUGGGACGGAGACAAGUUUGAUGAACUGUUGACUAAACUGGACCAGUAUGUGCCGGAUAUCAUCGUGUCAGAUGAGGAGGAACAGGAGGAAUCUGUGAAUACUGAAGAUAAAAAGGACAGACCACCACCUACCCCGGAACCAGAACCAACAGUAGAGCCUGAACAACCACCACAGACACAACAGCAAUCUCAACAGCAACAAGCACCACCACAGCAGUAUCAACAACCCCCUCCUCAACAGCAUCGACAGCCACCUCCUCAACAGCCUCCGCCGCAGCAUCAACAGCCACCUCCUCAACAGCGCCCACCGCAGCAACAGCAACAACCACGAACGCAUCAACCAAUGCCCAAUCAACCUGAGCAAAAGAAGUCAAAGUCCUGUUUGAUAUUGUAGUGACUCAAUGAUGCCUUUUGGCAUGGUGCCUUCAGUGAUCCAUUCGUAUAGUUUUGGAAUCUGGAGAAACGAGACUGAUUGAUAUCAUUUAUCUGUUGUAGGAGAGAUGCCCAGUUCUGUGGAAUAUAUGUCGCUCACCUUGUUACGAAUAUAUAGAAACCCGUUGAAAUAGUAUGCUUUAGUGUGACCCUUCGAAAUGGUAUGAUUUAGUGUGAUCACAAUAUUGCGAAUGUAUGGCAUAAACAGUUUUGAUACGCCAUGUGUAUUUCAGAAUGCUCUUAUUACUAAAUAAUAUGUUAUUACUGUAAUAUGCUUGAAGUAUGGAUGGCCUGUAUGCUCACAGAAAUGUUAUUUAUUUUAAGGGUAAUGAAUCUAUUAUAUAGUAUGAAAUGAUCAUUUGUUAAUGUGAAUCAGAUCAAAAUGUUUACUUGUGAAAAGCACACUUGUGAUCCCGAACUGUGAUACUGCUGGCUGCUGAGUGUACUGUGAAUAUACACGUGGGUGUGAAGGCCAUCCACAAAGUGUUACAAAAUACGUGUUGAAACCGUCCAUGAUGCCUUAUAUAUUUACUUCUAUCUAACUGUGAUGACAAUUGUGUGUGAUUCCUUUUCAAAACGUCUUAUCAUAUGUUUGAUUAUUCUUCUAUCUAAGCUGUUAUAUACAAAUCCUGACUUAUGUAAACUGUCUGACCGAAAGAAAGGAUAUACUUGAAAACUAGAUGUUACCAAACUAUUACAAACGUUUUCAAUACGUUGUGAGGAUUCCGAAGCGUAAACAUUGUAAACAUGACAUUGCAAUGUAAAGAAAACGUCGAUACUCGAAUCAAAUAUAUCACCAUAAAGAGAAAAGAUGUUUUAUUUAAGGAAUGUGUAUGUGCCUUCUUUUGUCCGGCAGUUUAUUGAACCUCGAUUUUCUAUAGUAAACUGUCGUUGAUUGUUCUCGAGUGCUAUAUCAGUUCUGUAUUGUGCAAUCAUCGAAUAAACGAUCCUGAAGACU